UAAUAUAAAUUUUGUUACUGCAGGUUUUCAUGGCACGUUAUCCUGAAUAAGUGAAUUACGAAGUAGUUGAUAAUGAUAUAGGUUAAAAAAAACUGUCAUUCGUUGAGUUACAUGAAUAGAUCACUUGUUUUUUGCAAAACAUUGAUUUACGAAACAACAUCGUUCUGCAAGAAAUUUGCAAUAUUUUAAUACCCAAUGCGCGUUACGAGGUAUCAUGAAUUAUUUAGUAAAAUGAAUAGGAGAUAACGAUUAUAAUUAAUAUGCGAUAUGCUGAAAUUAUGCAGGAAAUUGUCAUGAGGUUUUAUUGAAAAGUGUAGAGUGAAAUAAACAGGUGUUCUUGCUAAAGGAUCAAGUAAGCAGUGGACAGUAUAGUGUGUAUAAAGCAAACAUGCAUGGAGGCGCUACGGUCGAAGGAGGAUUUCUUGUUGCUCUCAUUCCUAGUUGGAAUAUUGCUCGUUGCUGUUAUCUGUUGUGUUUUUGGGCUGGAACUGGGCGAAAAACAUGUCGUUUUGAUAAUUGCUUGGCGAAAAAGUGGCUGUGAGCGUAGACGAGCGUGGCCCUGCGUGUGCGUAUUAAUAUCGCGGGGGUGUGCGGAGCGUGCAGGUGUAAUUUAAUAAGCGCAGGGGAGGCAGGCGAUUUAACAGGAUAUCGAUUUGUCCGCGAGUGCUGUGCUGGCUCCAUCGCACACCAACCAGGCAGCCAUGGACGUCGAUAUUUUUGGGGCACAGCCUGCACCGUGUCGGGUAAGCCGUGUAAGGCCGUCCCUAAAGGCCUGAUAGGGCCCGAAAUGCGAGAAACAGCCGCCGAUACGGUGCAACAGUAGGAAGAAGCGAGAGUCGAAAAACGGUAGUGCGUUCCUUUCCACGGAUUUCAUUGUGUUGACGUACCACAUAAAGGCAACCAGCCAGGCGGCACACGAAGCAAAUAACACACAAUGGAUCUCGGCGGCGCAGGUACUGGAGGGGCCGUGGCUUGCCCGGUCUGUACUCUCUACUUACGCGAGGGUAUCAGCCUUCAAAGACAUUUGGAUACUCAUCCCAAGGAACAGGUUAUAGAAGCUCUCAUUAAGGCUAGCGCUACUGUGCCUCCCCUAACGCAACCGCCUUCACCCACGAUAACACCUCCACAGACUAAUCCACAGGUACCCACUACAGGCACUCAUAUUCCCUCCCAGUCACAGUACCCCAUCGGGCCAGUUUUUGAGUGUCCACCCAUGGGUACAAUGGUGCCACCGCAGUUUGCCUCCUUUAGCUACCAGCAAUUUGUCAAUAAUGGUACCAUGAUGAUUCCGCAAUAUGCCAUGGCACCUCAGGCCAACCAGAUGAUGCAAAUGUUGUACAAUCCUUAUGGCAUGUAUCAGCAACAGCAGAUACCAACGGUACAAAUGAUUUCGCCCAUAACAACCAUUCCAACUACAACCCGGAUCAGACCUGCUGUGUCAGUUGCUGGAGAGAUUAACGGUAGGACUGUUACUGUACCUGCAAACAGCUCUGAAUCUAAACAAAUUUUACCUGAAAUUGUGUCAGAACCAGAACCAGAAGCAGAUAGAGUACUAACGGAUAUAGAUGUCCCAGAAACAUCAUCAGAAGAACAAACUCAAGACAGACAUGAAAUAUUUGACGGUAACGGAAUUCACGUGGAACACAGAGGACAGCAGACUCAGAAUUCUACAUCUCAAGAGCAACACAGUAAUCAACAUGAAUACCAAAGCGUUACACAAUCUUUAACCAUUGCAUGUGAAUCUAGCACGUCCGAAGAAGAAAAGUCACAAUGUGUAUUGCCAGAUGUUGACGAAGGCGAUAAUUCCAACAUAGUCCCAGAUCAAAUGAAAUGUAAAACAAUUGAAUAUGAAGAAUCUGAAUCCCAACAGUACUCGCAAGGGUAUGAAAAGAAUGUCACUAAAGAGAAUGAAAAUGAUGUUACACUGGUAGAAGUUAACAUACAAAUAGAGGAAGAAAAAUUAGAUAGUGAACAAGCUUUAGAGAAUGAUGAACAAAAUGUAAAUGAACCCACACAAGCAGAAGCUGCUUUAGACAAAGAGAUGAAGGAAUCGAGUCAACCAGAAGUAGAACAAUUAGAACGACUACUUAUCACUAUUAUGGAAUCAGAGUUUAGUAGCGUACAGAUGAAAGAAAGUAACGAACAAAGAGAACGAAAAAAUAGUGAAGAAAGGAUGAUCAUCGAGCGAGAAAAUACUGUGAUCCGUGAUACCAUAACUGUUGAUACAGAUAUAGAAGAAUGCAGUGAAACAACACCUAGUGCAAUACAUCAAGAGGAUAAUUCUUGCAAAGAUAUCGAAGAAGCUAAUGAACAAUCCCCAUUAAAAAAUUGCACUUAUUCGCUAGAAGAAAACCUUUCUUAUAUUUACCGAUACAAGCACAGUUUGUCCGCUCCUGCAUCUCCGGUUUUGCCAAAAAAAUCACACAGAACGUACUCCAUGCAUUCUGACUUUGGUUCUCUUGAAAAUCUCAGUAUAUAUCCAGGUGGUUUCGAUGCAAGUAACUUACAAGAUGACGAAGAUGAGGACGACGAGGAAAAGAAUGAUAUGGAAGAUAACUUUGAUGAGGAAGACAUGGAUAUCGAGGAGAUUCCAAGUCCUCAUACUCCUUUUACAAAAAAUGAUAUUACAGAUUGCACCAGAUCGCACACACCUCUUUCUACGAUCAGUGGAAUAUCUGUUCUAAGAGUUCGAACUGACCUUAGUAAACCUUCUUCACCAGCAUCCACACAUUCAUUUUAUCACAUGGAUGCAGAUAGUUUGAGCAAUGACGCAGACAGCAACGACGACACUGAAUUGUCACCUGAAAAAGAUCUAAUCGAUUGCAGCCAAGUUCUACAGGACUCUAAGAGUAUUCACCAGGAGGUGAUUGUGACUGAUAGUUUAGAAAAGAAAUCAGACUCGAAUCAUACGUAUCAUCAAUCAGUAAUUACGGAGCAUGUCAGCUCCUUUCCUGUUAUUCACUCACAGCAGCCGAUAAUCAUUCAUGAAACUUAUUCAAUGUCCAACAAUAAAACAACGAACAAUCUCCUAAACCUUUCGGAACCUACUGAUCCGAUGACUAGUACAGAUUCCAAGAUUUAUCAGCCUAGCAAAUCGAUUCUCCAAAAACCGACGACGGAACUCCUGAACAUCAAUGAGGAUGCACAUGCUGGACCGAUGAACGUCUUUGAAUUCGACGGUCUUCAGAUUCUAGUUCCUAGUACAUUUAUAAGUGAAUCGUCACAGAAAGCUGUGAGUGCUACUAGCCAGCAAUCUAUUGCAAGUAGCGAGGGAGGUGCUGGGAUUGAUGAAGAGGUUAAGAGCGUGAACAUGCGUGCUGAUGAGACAAUGCCACCACGAGGUGAACUAUCUGAGCAGGAGAGUAAUGGAUGCACAGAACACUCUGCAUGGCAGUUGUACAUGAGUCAGGAGUCUUCGAGGAUGUCUACAUCAUACGAUCUCAUGGCUCGAGAAAGUUGGGAGGAAUCUGAAGGAUCAGAUAAUGAAAUUAGCGGACCCUUAUUGGAUAGUCGUUCCCUAGCUACACAUUUCACCUCCAGCCUCUUCUUGGACCGGGACAGGAAAACACCUACGAAGAGAACAUUCAAGUGUCCUCACUGUAAUGAAGUGUUCGACUGCCCCAAGGAGCGUAGAGUUCACAGUACAACGGUGCACAAGGAACCAGGUCCAAGCGGCAGUAGAGAUAAUACGGAGCAACCUGAAGUGAAGGAUAUUAAAUUGCUGGAUGGUCGUAUGAAUAUGUUUGAUGCAUUCGUGCCAGGUUUACAUGUGCAGCAAUCUUAUCAUCAGCAGCCUCUUCUACAUCAACUCCAGCCUCCAACACAGCAACAGGAUAUUUCCAGGGUGGAAUCUGAUCAGAAGAUUGAUAAUCUGACAAUCCCUCCUGCGAUAGAUGCGUGUUGCUCAAUAUGCAAUCAACGAUUUAGCAGCGAGAAGUCUUUGCAGAUACAUCACAGAAGGAUGCACGUGACUGAAGUGACAAAACGCCGUGAAAACGCCAAGUGUCAAAUCUGUAACGAGGAAUUCCCUUCAGUGGUGUUGUUUAACUCUCACUUAAAAAUACAUCCGCUAGAGUGCGGUCAGUGCGGGAAAUAUUUCUAUAGGAAACAAAACUUCAAGCUCCACAUGAAACGGCAUCUAGGUAUUAAGCCGUUCCCUUGUACCGUUUGCGAUAAAGCAUUCCUUACCAAGCAGAAGCUUGACGAGCAUACAAACGGACACACUGGCAAUGCUCCUGUGAAGUGUAAUUUAUGCAACGAGACAUUUCGUAGAUAUUCCAAUUUAACCCAGCACAAGAAUAGACAUCAUCUUAAUAUUAAGAAGAAGUUGAAGGACUAUAUAUGCCACUGCGGCGAGGUGUUUCAUACUAAGAAAAAGUUAGCUUGGCAUAAAGAGACUCACGACGAGAAACCUAAAGCUUGCACCUACUGUAACGAGAGGUUCAUUCACAUGGCGAGCUUGACACGUCACAUGCGUCGUGCCCAUAAUCGAAGAUUUGUUCCUGAUGCUCAAAGAGAAAGUGAAAAUGUAGAAUGCCCGAUUUGUAAAUGUAUUUAUUUACGUUCUUCCUUGGCCGUGCACAUGCGUGUUCAUAAUGGUGAGAGGCCCUACGAAUGUCAAGUUUGUUCCAAGGCCUUCAGCACCAAGUGGAAUUUGCAAUUGCACAAAUGGACUCACGCGGCAAGGAGCACAAAACCAUUCAAGUGCAAUCAGUGCAGCGCUGCUUUUUAUCGACAUAGCGAUUAUACGGCUCACAUGAACUCUCAUAGAAACGUUCGUCCUUACACGUGUAAUUAUUGCGGGGCGCAAUUUAUACGCAAAUAUAAUUGCUUGCGACACGUUAAGGAACACGAGGAGAACAAGGCGUACACUUGUGACGUAUGCAACAAAACUUUCCACCGAUCGUACUACCUUAAGGAACAUUUACGUGUACACUCCGGUGCGCGACCAUAUUCAUGUCACAUUUGUGGAAAAUCAAGUAGCACCAAGUCCAAUCAUAAUAAGCACGUUAGGAUUCAUCACGCGCGAGAACCUGUAAAUACAGAAAAUUAAUAGGCCCCAGGUCUAUGUCUGAUAUGGCAUUACGAUGUCUCAAGUGGUCUAAAGUGCUGGGUCUAUUCAAGGUUUGGAUCAAAGACAUGUCAAGUAGCAUCUUGAAAAUUUUCAUCUUUCCUAUAAAAUAGUGUAACCGUUAUCAAGACUUGCAGAAAUGACUGUUUACCUAUUGCUCUUAGGUACGUUUUACGAUGAAAGAUACGACUAAUCAAUUUUUAAAUAUUACCCAUCAAACCUGAAAAACAGUGGUACGAGAGCUCGAUAUCAGUUUUCUUUUUUUUUUUUUCUUUCUUUAUGCUUGACAGAUUUGACACCUUUAAUACACAAGGAUCAUUUCCAAAUUUAUGCUCAAUUGAAAUUCUCUUGAUGUAUCGAAUGGAAUUCUGUAAUUUUAUUAAGGACGCUGCAUCUGCCUAUUUUCUUUUGUUCGCAAAAUUUAACGUCACCAUUACUUUUGUUUAUUCGCAUGGAUAAAGUAAUAUUUAAAGUACUGCCAUCAUUAGAUGUUUUAACAUGAAUAGCGUAAUGGAUUCUUGUGAAAUUAACAAAAAAUUGUCUAGAUUGACAAAAAUUUAAGUAAUUCCAACGUUUAAUAUUACCGAGUGCAUUAUAGUAUUUUUAGCGUAAUCGGUCAUGUUGGAUCGAAUUUCACUGAUACACAUUAUUUCAUUACUCUCGAUUACGGCGCAGUGAAAUUUCAUUGUCACACUGCGAAUCGUAUUUAAUUCUUUAAUCUAUUUUAAAGAUCGCACUUGCUGUUCUCAGAUUAACAUUACUUUUCAUUGAACAAACCUUUCAAAUAAUCAUUUGACAUCUGACAUUGAAAUCUUAAGUUUUCAUCCAAUCCUCCUAACAUACUUGACUUUUCUAUGAACUCAAAUGAUAACAGUAGGACAAUUGUGAUACCGGUAUUGAUAUCAUGUAAAAACGUGAAUUAUCUUUUAUUACUGUAUAUAAUCAAUCGAAUUACCGAAACAAAGAAAAUCAUUAAAGAAUUCUAUUAUAAAAACAGCCGAGGAAGUAACUCGAAUCGACAAACAUUUUCUUUUCAUUGCAGAGACUGAAAAGUUAUAUCAAAUUUCUAUAUCUUACAGAAGAUCUUUGCGGUAAUUAUUAAUUAUACAAUUGUCAUUUAAUUGAUCAAACAAUAAUGACAGCUACAGUCGUCAUCCGAUAUCAGUAUAAGAACAAGGGACUCCUUUACGUUAUGACCCAUGUGAAGAUGGCGGCAUGUCAAAUAUAAAUUAAAAGACUGAUAUCUGAUGAAGACUAUAAUGAAUAAUACUUAUAUCUGUUCAGUAAGCAAGACGUAUUUUUUUUAUAAUUCGUAUCAAUUACUUCUAAAGAAUAUUUGCGUUAAUUUAUAAAUUAAUUUUCGUAAAAGCAUUCUUCGUUUGAAUGGUCCUACUGUUUAACAAGAAUGUUCAGUUUUAAGAUAUUCAAUUUAGUAUAGUAGUUUCAAUGAUUUCGUUAUGGUCCGACAACCCUGAUUUAUAAGGUCCAGUGACUUGAGACCCUAACUACUUAAGGUUAUAAUUGUUAAUGAAAAUUAACUCAUAUGUGUCUCAAAGACUCAAGUAGAUCCUUUUCGUCAAGGGCUACGCAGUGAAACACGUUUGCCAACUAAUAGCUAUUAAAUAUAAUAUAUAUAUUUAUAUAUAUAUAUACACACACAAGCAUGUAUAUAUAUGUAUAUAUAUAUAUAUACAUACAUAAAAACAGAAAAUAAUUAACCAAUUAAUAUUACAUAAUUAUUAAACUCUUUUACGUGUCAAUCGUUGUAAGUGGAUUUUUUUUACGAUAAACUAUUUUACAUGAAGCGUGCAUAUUGCAAGUUUUGCGCAUCAGUGUCCAGUGUACUAUGUGUGACGGCCCAUAUUUAUUUGCGUAAGAUUAUUGCGCAAGGGGGCCUAUUAAUUACUACUACUACUACUACUACUACUAUUAUCGACUAUUAUACGAUAGUCCUGAAUCUUAGUUGUUAUUCUUAUAUAUUUAUAUAUUUUGCAAUAUAUAAAGGUGAUUUUUUAUUGGUAAUUCCAAUACCAAGACUGAUCGAUGUUGGUUCUCCGUAUUGCUCUCUGGUACAAAUUUAUAUAGAAUAAUAUGUUACUUGAGUUUGCGUUAUUUUGGUUACUUGUGAAAUAAGCAUUCGAGGGAUUGGAUUGCGUUUGGUUGGAUUAACAAAUUAUGAUCCAGUAGUAUACGGGGUCCAAAUUAUAAUUUUGUUAAAACUAAUAACCGCCUGACAAUAGUUAACUAUUUCAAUACUGCUCGAGAGGCCGAAGAGUUCUUUUAAAAAUACGUAAUAACCAAGAGCCUCUUUCUUGUCUUGUACUAAUAAUGUAAAACGAAUUGACAGUUAGAAAUUUGAUUAACGGGCGAAUGAUAUUUAGUGAGGGUUUGUCAGCGUGUCAAAUGUAUUUUGAAAUUGCUUAUUGGGAGUUGUUGACAAAGGAAGUUGAAAGAUAAUACAUUCAUGAUAAUGUACAGGAGAGCAGUACAGAGUAAAGAAACUGAAAACUGCCUGAAUGAAAGAUACAAAUCAGCCGAUUAGAUUUAUUAUAUAGCAUUUGUUAACUAAAAGAAAUCGACAUAAUCAAACUUGUAUAAAUAUAUAACCGUUACAAGUAUCGCAUUUGGUGUAAAGCUACUAUAUAUAUACACACAUAUAUAUAUUUUAAAGUAUAACUUUAUUUUUAUGCCACGAUCAUUUUUUCGAAUUAGGAUCUAGCGACCAACGUGUGUGCAUGAACUAUAUUAUCUGGCAUAUUCGGGCAGGUUGUAGAAACCCACCUAAAACCAACAUCGGCGUCCAAAUGUGCAAUUGUUUAGUUAAGCAGCAUGUGCGUACAGUAGGGUGAACGCGAGUUUGUACAUAGUGUACAUAUGUAUAUCAAUUAUAUUUUAUAAUAGGGCCAACGAAUGACCUGGCAAUUGAAUAUUGUAUGAAAUUUAAUUCAUGCUAUAUGAAGAUAAAAAUAGGAUAAUUAUUAUCAUUAAAGAAACAAUAAAUCAGCAUGUGUAUACCUUAAUAAAAGUUAUGUAUUGAGGUA